CAAAAGCAUAGGUAAUUUUGAUCUUUGGAUUGUUGUGUUAUUUUCCCAAGAGAAAGACCUGUACAUUCAAAAAGAAUUAUACCAUCUUUUGAACUCAAAAGGAAAUUCCUGAGGCGCUUCAAACUUCACACCCUCACUCUUGGAUCCCAUCUACUCUUGUUGCUAAAAAUUGAUUCAAGUAUCAGCUUUCUUAUUGUCGAAGUUUUUUCACAAAGCACCAUAUUUUAUACACAACAAUGACUCUAAUAUCACAAUUAUUGUUGACUACAACAUUGCUCACGUCGGCGCUCGCCAGGAAAUAUUUCGUUAAGGAUGAAUUUGUCCCAAUAACAGUGAAACCGUUAACCCCUGGUGGGAAUUCUUAUGAUAAUAAGUUAUAUUUAUACCCAAUUGACUAUUACAACCCAACUUUAGGUUCAUGUCUACCUGUGGAUCAAAUGGAUCCUUAUGGCCCUGAAUCAAACUCAUCAUACAUAUACCAGGAAGAUGACUUCUUUGGGAACCAUUUCAGCAAUGCUCCAAUCUCAACAACAUUUUUAAAUAAAACUGCCAAAUGUGCUUCAAUGUGUGACAGAAAUUAUAAAAAGGAGAAUGUCACAUUGAUUAAUGAUUUGAUUAAAAAAAACUAUAAAUUGAAUUUUUUCAUUGAUGAUGUUCCUGUUGGACGUGAACUAUAUGAUUCUCAAACAAAAAAAUUCUAUAUUGAUAAUGGUGUUCCAUUAGGUUAUUUGGAUAUGGACAGAAUACCUCGUUUAUUCAAUCAUUUCCAAUUUGUCGUCUAUUACGUUUCUUAUGGUUUAGAAUAUGAAAUCUUAUAUUCCACUGUUAGCACAAGAUCAAUUUCAAGGGUUCCAAUUGUUCCAUUAAGUUGUGAAUUGACUCAACCUUUAUUGUUGCGUUAUAGUGAUUAUUCUUUUAAUGGUAAUAGAAUCAGUUAUGAUAUUAUUUGGAAAGAAGUCCAUGUCAACAAAUGGAAUAACAAAUGGGAACUAUACACUAAUGAUAUUGUUCAACCAUUUAUUUCAAAUGCUGUCGUUAUCAUUUUCACCAUUUUAACAAUUAUCAUUUCAUUUUACACAUACUUGACAAUUUCAAAUGCAUUCAAUACUGAAAAAUUGGAAUUUAUUUAUAAAACAAGACAACAAUUGAAAACCGUUGAUGAAUCAACUAAUAAUGGUACUUCUUCAGAAGAAACAAAAUCAUCAGACGAUAAUAUUAUUGAAGAUUUUGAAUUUUCAUGGCCUUCAUUAAUUAAUGAUGUUUUCAGAUUACCUGAAUUUUCACCAUUGCUAUACUGGUUAGUUUCAAAUGGUAUUCAUGUUACAGUUAUCGCAUCAAUCAUUAUUAUCUUGUUAGCUAUUGGUUUGUUAGAUACUCACUCAUUUGAUGAUGAUGUUAGCUACACCGCUGCCGCUGUCCACACCAUAACUUCACCAUUACCUGCAUUGAUUAAUUGUUAUUUCUUCAAAAAAUUUGAUUCUUCAUCACCAUCCACUGUCGAAUCUUUCAAGAAAAAAUUGACAUUAACUGUUUUGUUGAAUUCAUUCGGUGUUCCAGCUAUUUUAUUCGUUUUGAUUAAUAUUACAAACAAGACAUUUGCCUCUGUGGAUUCUCCAACAAACAUUUCCUUAUGUUUUUUCAGAACUUUAGCAACUUAUUAUAUCUUGAUAACAUUGGUUAGUUUCUUUGCUGGUUUAAGAUUCCUCAAAGUUCAACAAUAUCCAUCAUCAGACAUUGCUAAAAAAAUUUCAUCACCUCCAAUCACAUUCCAAACUAUUCCAAAUAUGUUUAUCUCUGGUAUUUUCCCAUUUGGUGUUAUUUUGAUUCCAUUAUCAUCAGGUUAUAUCACUUUAUGGUAUUCCCAUUUCUAUUCAAACUCAACAUUAACCAUUUCAUACAUCUUGUUGUUGUCAUUAACCGUCUCAAUAAGUAUUUUAAACAUUUACCAUUCAUUAUCAAUUGGUAAUUGGAAAUGGCAAUGGUAUAGUUUCCUCAGUGGGUUUGCUGUUGGUGUUUAUACAUUUGCAUAUUCAUUCUAUUUGACUAAGUUCAAAUUCGGUGAUCAUGCCUCACUUGUCAUCUUUUUAUUACAAAACAUUACAAUUUCUUCAUUAUUAGGUUUGAUUGGUGGUUCUGUUGCAUUUAGUGCUUCAUACAUCUUUGUUAAGAACUUGUAUUCAGGUAUUGUUCAUUAG